AUGGAGAAAAAAGAGAGCGCUUUCGCUUUGAUGUUCUGCGCGGUGGAUUACAAAGAACUCUGCGAAGGCAUCCGCAAUCCCGGAACAAGCUCCGGGUACCUGGAGUUUAAAGAAGACGUUCCCACCGCUUACCCGGAAUCUGCUAAAAGUAAACCCAGGACCAGCGCCAAAGCCUCCCUCACCUCGGGCUCCGCGUCUCUUUGCCAGGGGUUUGCGAGUCCAGGCGGGGCAAGAACCGCGAUCCGGGCGGCUGCGAGGACAGAGGCGCCCGGACGCCGCCAGCCCCGGGCCGCCGCCGCGGUGGCGACCGCGGGUUCUGGGGCUCCCCGAAAGGCUGUCCCCGGCGCUCUCCGUGGUAGUUGGAGCGGGCAGCGGGGUGUGGGGGGAGUGUCGGGGCGGGUGGGGCGGGGGGGGGGGGGAAAGAUCGCGAGCGGCGGGCUGGGAAGGGAGGGGGAGGGGGCGGCGGAGGACCGGCGGUCGAGGCGCCGCGCAGUAGGGGCCGGGAGCCGGGCGGGGCGGGGAGAGAGCUGCUGGAGGAGGGGAGAAGGCGCGGAGCCCGAGGAGGGGGACGCCGAGCGGGCUUGCCUGGCCCCGAGCGGCCCAGCCAACGUGACGGUCAGCCUCGCCGAGCGCUCGCAUCCGCUCACACUCAGGCUCACUCGCACACUCGCUCCCAAGCCCGCGCCACCGCUCGAUCGCGGGGUCCCCGCCAUCGUCCGCCGCACCCCCCCAGACCCCCAGGCGGGUACUUACAGUUGCCAUCUGCCUAAGGGCCAACUUUCUCCCAGCCAGCAGCGGCCGCCGCCCCCUCCAGCCGCCUCUGGCUCCUGGCACCCGCCGGCCUGGGUUCGCGCGGGCCGGCCCUCCCCUCCCCCCUGGGCUGUCCUCGCCGUCUUCACCACAUUCCCCCCUGGUCAGUGGCGCACGCCCGGGGACGAGCCAGAGGGAGCGGGGCGCAGGGGUGUACAUGCAUCGCCCGCCUUCUUCUUGCAGCGCACACUGUACAUGGUAGAGAGGGGGCGAGCGAAGGUGGCACCGGCCCCUCGGCUGCUCCCGCAGCGGCUGCGGCUCCCGCGUCGUCCUCCGCCCCCCCUGUGCCGCGGCGACCACCGCACUGGGAUCCCGCCGCCGGUGUCCCCGCGCCGAGCCCGCCGCCGCCGCCGCGGCCCCUGA